AUGGCAGGUUCCCUUCAUAUGCCCCUGCUGAUCCUGCUGCUGUCCUUAACCCUGGGAGCUGCUGGACAAGGAGGUGAGGCCGACAAUACUGAGAAAAAGAUUGUUAAUGGACUUCCAUGUCCAAGAGGCUCCCAGCCCGGGCAGGUGGCCCUGUUGUCUGACAGAGAGUUCCAGUGUUCAGGUGUGCUGCUCAGCGAGCUGUGGGUGCUCACGGUCGCCAGCUGCAACAUGAGUGAGUACACCGUGCACAUGGGCAGUGAUCUCCUGGAUGAUGACAAGGCAGUGAAGAUCAGGGCCACGGAGUCAUUCGUUCACCCCAGGUUCCAGAGUCAGAACUACAUUCAUGACCUCAUGCUGGUGAAGCUGAGCCGCCCAGCCCUGCUGUCAGAGGCUGUGAGGAAGGUCACACUGCCCUCCCGCUGCAAACACCCUGGGGCCAACUGCACUUUUUCUGGCUGGGACGGCAGAGACACGAACCUAGUGACACAGCCAUCAGUGCUCCGGUGCGCCAACGUCACCCUCAUCUCCCACAAGGUCUGCGGGAAGCUGCACAGUGCCCGGCCGAAGACACACAUGAUGUGCACAGCUGCCCCUGCCAGAGUCCCCUGCGCCUACAGAUCAGCACUCUCGCAGUUUCCAGCCUUCCUGGGCUGCCACAGUCAGUCCAGGCAGACGUGA